AUGCUCAUGAAUAAAAUAAGAAACCUAUCAAAUAAAAUAGUUAAAGAAGAGGAGACACGUCUCGAACAAUCUAACAUUACCACACACGAAGUCAAGGCAUGGCAGGCGAUGUAUACAGGUUUAUCUAAAGGUUAUGGGAUACUAGAAAAAAUAAUGAAAAAAGAUGCUGCACAACCUAUGGCAGGAAUUAAUUUAAUUAAAAUUAAAAAAAUGUUGUUGGAGUUAAUAAAUUCUAACAAAAAAUACCCUCAGGUUGCGCAUAAGGGAUUUUUGUACAAUUUUCACAAAGAGUGCUCUAAUUUUCUUCGUUGGAGGUGUUCAAAAAACAGCUCUAUGAAGUGUCCAUGUUUUUUAAAAACUGAUUUGAACAUAACUAAGCCAACUUUAAUUUCUGUAAAUAACGAUCAUGUGCAUGAAUCAAAUGAAAAUCUUAUUUCUGCGACUAAAAUAAAAAAUCUAAUGGUGGAAAAAGCUAAACUAACAAACGAUUUACCUGCUCAAAUUUUCGCGGAAGUGGUAUCAAACGUACCCCGAAGUAUACUCGCUGAAUUGCCAAAAGAAGAAUAUCUUAAAAGAACAAUUAGAAACCACAGAGCAUGUAAUGAUCCACCUAAACCUACUUGGGAAAUAAUUAUUGAAGGAGAGUAUCGAGAAUAUGGAAAUGAAAGAUUUUUGCUGUAUGAUAAUGGCCCAAAUUCUGAUGAUAGAAUUUUAAUGUUCGCCACUGAUAACUAUUUGUCGUUAUUGGCCAAAUCUGAUACCUGGUUUGUUGACGGAAAUUUUGGCCUCGCUCCCGAAUUUUUUAAACAAUUAUACGUCAUUCGUGUACAAAUAAAUUCCGUAUUUGUGACAUCAACAUCAGUAUAUUGCAUUCUGCAGAAAAAAAGUAAAUCUACAUAUGAAAAAAUAUUUAGUAUUUUAUUAAAAGAAUGUCAAGAUCGUGACUUGUACCCAGAUCCUAAAUUUUUACACUUUGAUUUUGAAUUAGCAGCCAUAAAUGUUGCAAAAAUAUUUUUAACUCAUAUUACGAUUAACGGUUGUUUUUAUAAUUUGUGUCGAUCGACACAUAGAAAAAUUCAGAAACUUGGUUUGUCUGGGAUUUAUAAAGAUAAUAAUUUUCGAAAAUAUUGCGGUAUGAUUGAUGGAAUAGCUUUCCUACCACAGGAUAAAGUACUGGACGGAAUGACAUGUCUAAAAGAAAUAAUGCCUCCAGAUGCAGAAGACCUUUUAACUUAUUUUGAUUCGUAUUAUGUAAAUGGUACCUAUAGGCGUGUAGGUUCAGCUUCUACCUUGCAUUUUAGAAAAAAUCCACCUAUAUUUUCACCUUCAUCGUGGAAUGUACAUAAUGGCAUAAUGACUUUAGUAGGAGGGCAUCGAACAAACAAUAUGACUGAAGGAUGGAAUAACCGAUUUUCAAAGCUAUGUGGACAUAAACAUCCAACUAUUUGGAAAUUAAUAAGAAAAAUAAAAAUGGAAAUUUCCGCAGAUGAAGCGAAAUUAGCUUUAGAUGCUGUAGGAGAUUCUUAAACUGUUAAA